AUGUUUCUUAAGGCUGUAAACUUCCAAGGUGAAUACAAGGACAAAGUGUUCAUAGCUAAUUUUCUAAAAGAGACGAUCAAUGAAGUUGGUGCAGAUAACGUGGUUCAAGUCAUAACUGACAAUGCUCCGGUUUGUAAAAGUGCAGGCUUACUUAUUGAGACACAUUUUCCUCAUAUAUUUUGGACUCCAUGUGUGGUCCAUACAUUAAAUCUUGCUCUGAAGAAUAUAUGUGCUGCAAAGAACACCGAAGCCAAUGAUGAAACGUUUGCUGAGUGUUCUUGGAUAAGUGAUAUUAUUUCGGAUGCCGUGUUCGUAAGAAAGUUCAUUAUGACUCACUCCAUGAGGUUGGAAAUGUUUAAUGAUCAUAAUAAGUUGAAGUUGCUUACCGUAGCUUACACACGCUUUGCUUCGAGUGUAAUAAUGCUCCAAAGAUUUGUUGAUAUAAAAGAAGGUUUACAAAGCAUGGUGAUCAGUCCGAAGUGGACUUCGUACAUAGAUGAUGAUGUUGGAAAAGCUCAAUUUUUGAAGGAGACAACAUUGAAUGACCAAUGGUGGGACAAAGUAGAUUAUAUCAUUGCAUUCACCGAGUCAAUUUAUGACAUGUUACGACGAACUGAUACUGAUCGUCCAUGCCUUCAUUUGGUGUAUGAUAUGUGGGAGUCUAUGAUAGAAAAGGUAAGAAAGGUUAUAUACCGCAAAGAAGGCCUAACUGAAUUUCAAGAUUCUUCAUUUUAUUAUGUCGUGUAUGAGAUAUUGACAAGUCGAUGGGGUAAAUCCAACACACCGCUACACUGUUUAGCUCACUCUUUAAAUCCCAGGUAUUAUAGCCAGGAAUGGCUUAGUGAGUCGUCGGGUCGUCUAGCUCCGCAUGUAGAUGAUGAUAUGUCAAAGAAACGGCGUAUAUGCUUUGAGAGAUAUUUUGAAGGGGAAGAACUAAGAAAAGUGAAUACUGAAUUUGCUCUUUUUUCUGCUGGAAUGAGAGAAUUUGCGACUGCUAAUUGCAUUGUUGAUAGAUGGUGUAUGGAGUCAUUUAUAUGGUGGGUUACUUAUGGUACACCUACUCCUAUAUGGCAGAGGUUAGCUUUCAGAACUCUUGCCCAACCUAGCUUUUCAUAUUGCUGUGAAAGAAACUGGAGUACCUUUGGCUUCAUUAAUUCUUUGAAAAGAAAUAAGAUCACACCAAAAAGAGGAGAAGAUCUAGUGUAUGUGCAUUCUAAUCUUCGCCUUCUGUCCCGAAGAGAACCACAUUAUAUGACAGGUGAGACAAGAAUGUGGGAUGUUGCAGGUGAUACAUUUGAUACUAUGGGAAGCGGUGGAAUACUUGAGAUUGCAAAUCUUUCGCUUGAUGAACCAGAACUAGAGAGUGUGACAUUCAAUGAUCCAGCUGUACCUGUUGAUGAAGAUGUGAACUUAGAUGACAAUUAA